AUGGACGGUACACGUGUGUCUGCUUUAGCCGUCUACCGCUUGCAAGAGCGAGCCGGCAUUAUACAGAAAGAGAAACCCCGGCGACUGCAGAAGCCGAGAAAAGGACACCUCCUGUCUCUGUCCAAACCCAUUAAAAAGAAGCAGAAGGCAAAGAAAAAGGUGAGCCCGGUUAAGGGAUGCUCCCAGGUAGGGCUAGAGGUGCCUGAGCCGCUGUCAAAAAAAGAUAAUGACCUGAAACUGGAAGGGGAGCCCGAGGGAGGAGCUCCGCAGUCCAGUCCGCCCGCAGCCGAAGUAGAGACACGGAGCAGGGGCCCGGGGGAGCAGAAAGCCCAGAACGAGACCCCAGAGCCCGAAAGGGUCCUGCCCCUGACGGCUCGGGCAGGAGAGCAGAGAGAGGUGCAACCGCCUCCUGCACCUGCGGCAGUAGAGAAGCGGAGCGGGGCCUCUGGGAAUCAGAAAAGCAAGAGACAGACGGCGGAGCCCGAAGGAGCCCAGCCUCGGACCCCGACGGCUGCGGUCGGAGAGGAGAGGGAGGCGGGGCUAUCUCCUGUAGUAGAGCAACAGAGCGGGGUCCCCAGGAAGCAGAAAGUCAAGAAGAAAAGGGCUUUGCCCUCCACGGCCCCGGGAGGAGAGGAGGGGAAGGCGGAACAGUUUUCUGGGGCAGUAGAAAAACUGAGCGAGGGUCCGAGGAAGAAGAAAGUCAAGACAGAGCCUGCAGAGCCCGAACGGGCCCUGCCCCCGCCGGGCGGGGGAGAAGAGGAGAGGGUGGUGGAGCAGUCUCCCGGGGCAGUAGAAAAACCGAGCGAGGGUCCGAGGAAGAAGAAAGGCAAGAGACAGGCGGCAGAGUCCGAAAGGGCGGGGGAACAGUCUCCUGGGGCUGUAGAAAAACUGAGCCAGGUUCCGAGGAAGAAGAAGGUCAAGAAACAGGGAGCAGAGCCCGACCGGGUUCUAUCCCCCACGGCGCGCGUGUCAGAGGGGAGGGAAGUGGAACCGUCUCAUGGGGCAGCAAAGAAGCAGAACAUUAAGAGACGGGCGGCGGAACCCGCAAGCGCCCCAUCCCCCACCCCCACCCCGACUGUUGCGGUAGAAAAAUCGAGCACGGGCCAAAAGUUUAAGAAAGUUAAGAGAGAGAAGGCGGAGCCCAAGAGGAAUGUGGCGGGAGAGAAGAGGAAGGCGGAAGAGGGGGCGAAGGUAGAGCUGGUGGAGGGGCACAACAGCUGCGGAGCGGGCUCCGGGGCACCCUCCCUGCAGCAGGUUCUCCAGGAGCUGGGCCAGAUUCCGCACAGCAAACGUCGCGCCGCGCGGCUCCUCGAGUGGCUGAUCGCGCCGCUGCCCGUAGACCAUUUCUUCAGCUGGAUGUGGGAGAAGGAGGCGGUGCUGGUGCGGCGAGCCAACCCUGACUACUACCGGGGCCUCUUCUCCACGGCCGAACUGGACGCGGUGCUGCGUGCGGAGGACGUGCAGUUCGGGCUGCACCUGGACGCCGCGCGCUACCGGAACGGCCAGCGCGAGACCUUGAACCCGCCGGGCCGGGCGCUCCCGGCCACCGCCUGGUCUCUGUACCGGGACGGCUGCUCCCUGCGCCUCUUGUGCCCCCAGGCCUUCUCUGCAGUCGUGUGGCAGGUGCUGUCGGUGCUCCAGGAGCAUUUCGGCAGCAUGGUGGGCGCCAACGCCUACCUCACCCCCCCGGGCUCUCAGGGCUUUGCCCCUCACUACGACGACAUCGAAGCCUUCGUCCUGCAGCUGGAGGGGAGGAAGCUCUGGCGCGUCUACAAGCCCCGGGAGCAGGCGGAAGAGCUACCCCAGUUUUCCAGCCCUAACUUUGGACCCCAGGGCUUGGGAAAACCCGUGCUGCAAGAGGUGUUGGAGCCCGGGGAUCUGCUCUAUUUCCCCCGGGGCUUUAUCCACCAGGCUGUGUGUGAGCCUGGGGUGCAUUCCCUGCACCUCACUCUGUCUACCUUCCAGCGCAAUUCUUGGGGGGACCUGCUGGAACCUCUGCUGCCAGCGGCUUUGCAAGCUGCGAUGGAGGAGGACGUGGAAUUCCGCAGGGGUCUGCCCAGGGACUACCUAGAUUACAUGGGGGUUCAGCAUUCAGAAUCUGGGGACCCUCGGCGAGGGCCAUUCCUGGAGAAGGUGCAGCGAUUGCUUGCCCGCCUGGCACAGUAUGCACCAGUGGAUGCUGUGGCCGACCAGAGGGCCAAGGGCUUCCUCCACGACUGCCUGCCUCCGGUGCUGUCAGAGAAGGAGCGGUCACUGAGUGUGCAUGGGCUGCCUGCCCGGUGGGAGGCUGGGGAGGCUUGGGAUGUGGGUGCAAAAAUUACCGCUGAGACCCAGGUCCGCCUGCUUCGCCACGGUUUGACUCGGUUAGUGAGCGAGGAUGACAGCGUCCUGUUGUAUUACACCGUGGAAAAUUCUCGAGUCUAUCAUCAGGGGGAGCCCAAGUACCUGGAGAUUGACUCCCAGUACACUGAUGGCAUCGAGUACUUGUUCAGUUCCUACCCAGGUUUUGUGCAGGUGGGAGACCUGCCUUGUGAUAAUAGGCAGGACCAGAUUUCUUUAGUGACCAUGUUAUUUGAAAAGGGACUGCUGAUCACCAAGAAGCCUCUGACCCCGUAGUAAUUUCUUUUUGAGUAGAAGUGAAAAUAAAGCUGUGUUUUUGUUUUUAACUCCC